GAUUGUAAAACGUUGUCGAUAUAAGAAAUUCCAAACAAGUUGCCGACGGGCGUUCUCUCUUACGCUAUCAUAUAUUGGUAAUACCCAUUUAGUGUGUGGGUUGAACACAUCCAGGAAUAUUUCUCUAUCGCCAAAACGCGGAGUAAUUGCGUUACUGUGAAGUCAAUCAAGCAAAUCAGAUAGUAUAGACAAGGAAUGAAAGCCGUGAUAGGAUUAGCAUUCAUGUUACAAAGUGUGCGUAUAUCAAAUGAAAAGAAGAAAUCAACAGAAAUGGAUUUGAGAAGCAUCCACGUGUGAAUUCUGUAACCGACUAAUAGUGUAAAGGUUUGAUUGGUUUAGCGUUGAAUUGACCGGACGAUUACCAUCAUGGGAAAUUUGCAGUUCCAAACACAGGAGGGCAAUAUGGAUCCCGAUGACAGUGUAGGAGCGCCUGAUGGGUCCCAAUUAGCUGACAACCAACAUGGCAUAGGGCAAUAUAUAGAAACAGGAAAUUCAAACUUCAAAUCACCUGUUGCUUCAAGGGAAAGCUCAAACAUAGACCAGAAUCAGAAAAAUGAACUGAAAAACUCACCAGAGCCGCAAACGACACUGGAACCUCUGGGGAAUGGAAAACGGGAGGCUACCAAUGUCCAGAUAGGAAAGAGAAGUGCUACUUUGUUUCUUAGUUCUCAUUCAUUAAAGUUAAGCUCAAAACCUAAGGCAGGUGUCACAGCGAAAAAGCCAUCUACGGAAGGGAAAAUUCCGCCUCCGUCUAGAACGUCAUCAAAUAUAUCACAAUCAUCUAGUCAAAGGAAACAAACGAUUAAAAACUCUGUACACCCUGAUGAACUUAGUCAACUCAGGGUUAAAAAGGAAUUUACUUUUACUGGAUACGACAUUAUGGCUGAUGUGGAACCAGUUCCCGUGAUUCCGGAGGAAGAGCAGGUCUCUCACGAGAUCCGUAAAGCAUACACGGAAUCAUGUAAACAAAUAGGCGUUAUCCCUGUACGCUCUCUCAUACCACAACUUUGUAGCCCGGUCGUCCAACUCCGGUGUCGCUCCCUCGGUCCCAAGGGAGCUGAUGCAUUAGCUAUAGCGCUAGUCAACAAUCCAACAGUAACCAGCCUUGACCUGGAGGACAAUGGAAUUGGUGCUGAAGGAGCGAAAAGCCUUGCUGAAAUGCUUGACGUGAACCAUAAUAUCACCGACGUUAGCUUAGCUGAAAAUUUAAUAUCAAAGGAUGGUUUAAGUGCAAUAACAGAUAUGAUGAAGAACAAUUUUUACAUACAGUCUUUAGACUUAACAGGUAGUGGAUUCGUAGAUAGUGAUUCCUAUAUCGUAGCGGACUUACUAGAAAACAAUAAGAUCCUCCGGGAGCUGGUACUUAGUCAUAACCAGUUUGGUGAUAAGGGAGGAUAUCUCAUUGCUCAAGCUCUAGCCCUUAAUGAUACUUUACGGAUCAUUGAUCUCAGUUGGAACCACAUAAGAGGAGAGGGUGCUAAAUCUAUAGCUGCUUGUCUGCAGAAAAACAUCGGUCUAAGAAAAAUGGAUAUUUCUUGGAACGGAUUUACAACAGCAGAUUGCAUGAUAUUUGGUGUGACGCUGAAGGACAACACGACUCUGAAGGAGCUAGACAUAUCCAACAACCAGUUAGGAGAGAACGCCAUCGCCUACCUAAUGAAAGGGAUACAGAAAAAUGAUGGCCUAGAAAUUCUGAGAAUUGGAGGAAACCUUAUCAUCCCUAAAAUGGCAAUUGUAAUUUUGAAAACAAUAGAACAAUCAGAGACAUGCCGGGUUCAUACGUUGGAUAUGGGAGAUACAGAAGUUGACGAGGAAUUCUACACCAUAGCCGAUGAGAUGCAGGCGAAGGGAUCAUUCGAGGUAGCACAUGGUCCGGUCAUCAAACGAAGGGACCUCAAGGCAAAUUCCGCUGGGGCGAUUGAUGGGAACAUGGAUGCCGUGUAUGAACUGUUCAAGUACAUGAGCGACAAUAAUUACCGCGUCAUAGACCUUAUGAAAUGGCUUGACAAGGAUAACAGUAUGAGUAUCAGUCGGGAUGAAUUCAAGAAGGGAAUGAUUACAGCAGAAGUGCCUUUGACCGAACACCAGCUAGACAUUCUACUGGACAAACUUGAUGCGGAUGGCGACGGGGAAGUUGACUUUAAAGAACUGUUGCUAGGAGAACGAAUGUUCAGAAGAAAAAUGCGACAGAAAAAGGAAAGACUGAGGUCAACCAAACAGAAAGCUGCCAACUUACGGAAAAUUGUGCUGGCGGCUAUCAAGGAAAAACCAUAGUCAAAUCUAUACUAAAUUUAACUCGAUACUCAGUCGUUACCAUCGAAGCUUUCUAAAUCCUAUAAUUUAUUAAUCCCGGGUUCGGAUGGAGAGUGCUUAUUUUCAUUCCGAUACGGAAGUUUCUGGAUUAAAGAGUUUCCAUGUGGGUGCUUUUGGCGAUAAAGGAUUUAUGCAAACGACAAUUAUAGUUUCUUGCGAAAUAGAUAUAUAUAUGUAAGAUAUGAAAUAAUUUGCUGUCGAUAGUGUUAUAAAAUACGCGAAUUAAUCUACGCAUUGUGCCAAAUCUAUUCUAUAUCGAAUACAAUGUAAGUUAUACAGUUAAAACCGUGUCUGCUUUUUAAAAACGUAAUGUCAUUAUUAAUGUAUAGGUCUCUCUCUCUCUCCUAUACAACCUAGACAUUGUUUCAUUUAAUUGGCUGAUGAAGUAUUCAUUGCUUUGUUCGUACGGAACAUGAAGGUUUACAGACUUUUUAUACGAAUAUCAUAUUGAUGGUAAAAGGGCGUAUGUAUAUGUAUAUCAUUGUUAAAAUGUCCGUGUUUGAAUAUUAUCACUUUAUCAUGAUGGUGCUGAAUGUACGAGGGACAAUUAGAAUAUCAUAUAUUGAAGAUAUCCUGUAGAUUUGGUUUUACAUUUUGUGAUUUCCAUGUUGAUUUAUUUCAAUACUGAUUGCAUGUAGCAAGAUAUAGGAUAUCAUUAUAAUCUUGGAAUUAUAUUAUGAAACUCUUCGAUUCUAUGUAGGAUGGUAAAAUUUAAAUAUAUGAAUAUCACACGGGCUGAUUGUUAUCCUUUUGAGAUUAUUAAAUAUAAACAUACUUAAAAAUAU